GCGUCCAGCCGUUGUAUGCUAGGCGGUGUUCCGUAGGGUUGGCAACAGAGUCGGCGUGACCGCGGCCGAAGAACCGUUGACCUUCCGUCUUCCCUCCGCGGUGGAAACAUGGCACCGAGCCGUCUGGAAAAGGCUCAGGUAUGGCUCUUCAAGGCAGUAUCGGGAGUCCUCUUUGCGCUUUUUCGGCUGUUCUCGCCUCGGAGAACCGUUAAGUCCUGGAAGAAGCUCCCGCCCGCCAGCAACCCGCUGCUGGUCAUGUCAGCGACGCAGCUCGCCAAGAAGAUCCGACGAAAAGAGGUGUCAAGUGUGGAGGUGGUGCAGGCUUACAUUGACAGGAUCCAGGAAGUCAACCCUCUUCUGAACGCUGUUGUAAAAGACAGGUUCGAUGCUGCCCUCCAAGAGGCGGCCCAGGUCGACAAGCUGAUUGAGGAGGAAACUGGAGGAGAGGAGGUGCUGGAGGACCGACUGCCUUUACUGGGAGUCCCACUCUCUGUCAAAGAGUCCUAUGCCCUCCAGGGCAUGCCCUACACUACAGGUGUGAUCUCCAGGCGAGGAGUCACUGCCACCGUUGACGCUCCACCGGUGGCCCUGCUGAAGAGAGCAGGGGCCAUCCCGCUGGGCGUCACCAACACCAGUGAGCUGUGUAUGUGGUCCGAGUCCCACAACCACCUCUACGGCAUCACCAACAACCCGUACGACCUGGAGAGGAUACCAGGAGGAAGUUCAGGUGGGGAGGGCAGUAUACUGGGAGCAGCAGGUGCAGUCAUUGGCGUGGGCUCAGACAUCGGCGGCAGCAUCCGAAUGCCCUGUUUCUUCAACGGUAUAUUUGGCCAUAAAACCACUCCCGGUGUCGUGUCCUCUGAGAACCAGUACCCUCCUUGCUCUGGCAGACAUAAGGAGUAUGUCAGCAGUGGUCCCAUGUGCCGCUACGCUGAGGACCUGCUGCCCAUGCUUAACAUCAUGGCAGGACCCAAAGCUCACAUGUUGUCCUUAAACACAAAGGUUGACCUAAAGAAGCUGCGGUUCUUCACCAUCCCUCACGAUGGCGGCUCUCCUCUGACAUACCCCGUCAGCAAAGAGCUCAUGGAGAUUCAGAGGAAGGUGGUGGAGCGUCUGGAGGCCGACCUCGGAGUGAAAGUCCAAGAAGUGCGUUUCCCUGAGCUGCGCUAUAGUUUCCAGAUCUGGGAUACCUACAUGGGUCUUCCUGACAAAGAGGGCAAGCCUCCUCAGGCAUUUGCUGAGCUGAUGGGGGAACCAGGACGACCAGUGUGGCCUCUGUGGGAGCUGCUGAAAUGGAUGGUGGGAAAAUCAGACCAUACCAUGGCUGCUAUUGGUCUGGCCCUGCUGGAGAUGACCAAUGUGUCCAAACCCUCGACCUUCAUCAUCCAGCAGAAGGAGAAGCUGCAGAAGGAGGUGGAUGAGCUGCUGGGUACUGAUGGUGUUUUUCUUUACCCCUCGCACCCCAGAGUGGCUCCCAAACACCACCAUCCGCUCUUCAGACCCUUUGACUUCGCCUACACAGGUAUAAUCAACAUCCUCGGGCUGCCAGUCACCCAGUGCCCUCUGGGUCUGGGUGAGGAAGGUCUGCCCCUGGGUCUGCAGGUCGUUGCUGGGAAGCUGCAGGACCGUCUGACCCUCGAGGUUGCUCUCUACCUGGAGAAGACAUUUGGAGGCUGGAGGGACCCCGGAGCAAACUGAAACCACACACUAACAGCCAUUACCAAAGCUCCAGACUGGAGCUGGAUUUGGAUUGUGGUACUCUAUCUGCCUUGCUGCUUGCUGUAGUACACAAAUACCAAGAGGUACAAUCAGAUGGUUGAAUGUUCAAGUGGAAGAGAUAAAUUUUUGCACUAAUGAAUCAAGUCAUGAAUUUAUCAUUUACCGUGUUCAAUGACUUAUGUCAUGAGCACAAGCUUUAAAAAAUUUUUUUUAAAAAAGGUUGAUUUUUAUAUUAGUGGAAAUGUCUUUGAGCAUUCACAUUAUCACACAAAACAAGGCUUUUGUGCUGUUCAUAUCUACCUUUUAUAGAACAAUUCGUUUUUCCUCGUUUUUGGACUGUUACCUGUACUGUUAAGUGUAUGUGCAGUAGUCCUGCUGUUUUGUAUUAUUUUAACUUUGGAAAGGUCAGUACAUGGCAGGUUCAAGGUUUUAAACGCCCUGCGCACCCACACAGGUGUUUCUGUUGAUCUCACGCUCAUGUUCACACUUGGUUGAGCUAAGAUGGGAGUUUGCUGUUGUUACCUGACUCCAUAUACAUUAAAAAAUCAUAAAGGUGUAAUUUGACCUGCAUGAACAGGUGCAACUAAUCUAGAGAGAUGACAAUCAAGCGUGAGGACAUAAUAAACACCUGUAUAGAUGUGUACUGUAAACGUGUAGGGUUUUUAACCAAUUAGUAAUGCUAACAAAACCGUUGUUGCGUUGUAAUGUGAAUGUUGCAUAAUGGCAGUUUAUUGAUUGUGUUGCCUGUUUUAUGCUGCAACAUUUGUUUCAGUUAAUUAAAAAAAGUCUGAAUCUUUUCUCUCA